GUUCCACUCGGACAGCGAAGACAGCCAGCUAUCCAGAGUCUACAGCUCCACGAGCAUGCACCUCGUUCUUCAACUCUUCCUCAAACAUGCCUCGGCACGACGUAAUUUGCGGGGUAACUCCACUUGGCAGGGGUGAUCUGGGCCAAGUGCAGAUCAGACCGCUGGAAAUUUUAACUCCGACACGUCAGCCAUGAAGAGAGCAUCGGUAUCAGGAGUGUUUGUGCCUGAAGGGGCUAGUCUGAAGAACCAGAAGCGGCGGGUUUCCUCUGAAGCGGACUGUACGGUCUGCCGGCGGUGCCAGUCGAAACCGUCAGAGUGCCAGUGUCGGCGGGCGAAGAGGACCCUGCGUGGUGAUCUAGAUUUGAGGUCCCGGUCUAGUCCCUCGCCAGGGGUGGAACAGGGGGUGCUCUAUCCGACAGUUCACAAAGGAUCCCUGGGGGAAGAGGAACUGGGGAGAGAGAGAGACGGCAGUGACCGUGCUCAUGCAUCCAUGAAUGGACAACACGAUAUUCUCUCCACCUAUCCGCUAGACCACUAUGUGUCCGUCAUCCAUGAUCUGUUUGAACAGUCGGCCAGCAGUGAUGAGCAGGGGAGUGUGACAGAUAUAGGUGAUCUGGAAAGAAGCUUUCAGACUCUGUCAGGCGGGAUUCCAGGCAAUAGCUGUGACUUCCUGGCUACCAAGGGGGCUUUUCGACUACCACCGCUAAAACUUCGCAACCAAGUGCUUCGAGCCUACGUGAAAUAUGUGCACCCGUUGUUGCCUGUGUUAGACCUUCAGAGCGUCUUGCAUCAGAUCAUCGUUGAGGAUGAACGGUACUUUUCCAGUCCGCUACUGUACCAAGCGGUGAUGUUUGCCGGGAGCGCCUUUGUAGAGCACGAGGAGAUCGUGACAGCCGGUUAUCCAUCUCACAAGGAGCUCCGAAGAAUGUUCUAUGGACGGGCAAAGCUGCUCUACGAGUUCGACAUCGAACCAUGUGCAGAGACGCAGAUCCAGGCACUGCUCCUCAUGGCCAACUGGCACAAUCACAGUGACGGGCCCAAAGACCCCCAGUACUGGUUUGACCUGGCCUAUUCCACAGCCGAGCGAGUCGGGCUGCACCGAUACCUGGAUGCGAGCACCUCGUCCCAUCGACACCGGAUGUGGUGGUCUCUGUGGGUGCGAGACCGCAUCCUCUCGUUCGGCUUCCCGCGGCCGUUGCGCAUUCCCACCGAUAACUCCAAGCUCGACAUCGUCUCUUUGCUCGAACACGCCCGUCAACCAUAUCAACCACAUGACCCGCUUGUCCUCGCCGCCUUGGGGGACUCGGCCUCAAUGCUCAGCUGCGACAGCCAGGAGAAGAUGACGGUUCUGUUCGCCGAAGAGGUCAAGCUAGCUCAUUGUAUGGGAACCAUCAUGGAGUCUCUGUAUCAGGAGUCAUGGAUCCCCAUCGCCACCGACGACUCUUCCUUCUACUCUGUCGCCCCGCGCGAAUGUAUCGCGCCCGUGGUUAUCGACAGCUGCAAACAGCAACUGACGGCCUGGAUCCGAGACCUGCCGGGCGUCGUACGCUACUACCCACCAUUUCUGCUUGUUCCACCCGACCCGGAGUCCGUCGAGACAAUCUUCCUGGUCCACCAGGCGUUUCUCUACCUGCUGUAUCUGACCGCCAUGUCGGCGUUGUAUCGGGCGCGAACACCCAGCAGCCCAGGCAGCGGUCUGCUCAAGUUGACGUCGCAGGUGACCAAGACAAUCCACGAGCUCAAGGCCAUCAACCUACUACUCUUCCUCCCGGGGACCAGCGUGACGAUUCUCGGGUGGAUUGUCGAGGCGAGCCUGUCGGACCUACAGGCCUCGGAACGGCUGAUGCGCGAGCAGGCCCUCAAUCAGCUCCUUCACUGUGAGCAGGCGGCUGUGCAGCUGCUGCAGACGUACCCGGCGGCCCAGAAGAUCCUCUCCAUGACGCAGCAUGCGUGGUCGAGUUUAUUCGGGUUGGAAUCAGUAUAG